AUGGGAGCUGGCGCCUCCGCUCACAAGGCUCUCUGGGAGAAUGCAAGCCAGAAUGAACUCAACGACUUUGUGAAGGGCCUCUCCAAGGAAGAGGCCGCAAAGCUGGCAGCAGCGCUGCAGGCGCGCGAAGGUGCCGCACCACUUGGCAUCCGUGAGAUGUCGGCGCUCCACGCGACCCACAGCUUCAACCCAUCCAAGGAAAUCCCUCGCCAGGUGGUCAAGGAUAUCCUGGAAGGCCUUCGCAGCGUGCCCUCUUCCGCCAACACACAGCCCUGGACCAUCGUGGUCGUGCAAGGUGCUACCCGCAAGCUUCUCUCGGAGAAGAUUGUUGCCAAGUUCGAUGCCGGUGAGCAGGGGACUGCCCUGUAUGCCGACCUUCCCAAGGACAUGCCCGCGCGCAUGCAGAAAGCUGUGGAUGCCUACACAAAGGAAUACGAUGCCUUCCUGGGCGACAAGGCAAAGCUGCGGAAGGGCUGCGAGUUCUUCGGCGCACCCCUUCAUCUCGUGGUCUGUGCACCGAAGGGCCCAUGCUUGGAGGAGAGUCCGCCCGUGGAUGGUGUGUUCCUCGACAUGGGGUCGGCCAUGACUGCAAUGUCCUUCUCUGCGUUCGAUCUGGGUCUCGGCGUCCACCCGCAGUUCUCCCUCGCGAAAUAUCACGACAUCUACAAGGAGGUCCUGAAGGAGAAGAUGCCAGAUGACCAUUUUGUCAUCUGUGGCCUCAGUGUUGGGUACCUGGAGAAUGACCAGGAUCCACGGAAUACGCCGGGAUUUGUGCCUUCGAAGUUGAGCGUGGACGACACCACGAGGUGGGUAAACUGCGACGCCGAGUGGCUCAAGACCCACGGAGACGUGGUGACUGGCAACAGCGAGCACGGCUUGAAGCACUUAGUGCAUUCCCGGCACUGCUCCCACACUUUGGAUACACCCCGGCCAGUUCCUUACGACUUCCUUGCCUCCAUUCUGUCGGCAGCCCGCUAUGUGACUUCGGCGUCGAAUUCGCAGCCCUGGUCCGUGACUGUGAUCCAAGGUGCUGCGAGAGACAAGCUUUCGAAAGCCAUGCUCGACCAUUUCGAUGCCGGCAAUGAUGGAGGACAGACCUACAAGAAGUACAGCACGCAGAACACCUCGCGCAUGCAGAAGGGCAAGGACCAGUAUGGCUACGAGCUCUACGAGGAGCGGCACAAGCUGGAGCGCGAUGACAAGGACGGCCGACGGAAGAAGUACCGCCCGAACUACGAGUUUUGGGGAGCUCCCGUCUUGUUGCUUCUGAAAGCUCCAAAGGCUGCCGCAGCAGGAACUUUUGUGGAUAUUGGAUCCUACAUGUAUGCGAUCCUCGUGGGCAUGCAAGCUUACGGUUUGGGUGGUAAGCCACUGGGCUCCGUGGCGAAGUACACGGACAUCUGCAGGCUCGGGGUUUCAAGCUUCCGGAUCUGCGGUUUCUGGCCCAGGAGUGUGCAGGCUGAGGGGUUGGGGGAGCAGAGGCUUCGGAACGUAAGCUUGGGUCUUUAUCAGGGUUCUUUGUAUGAAUCCUACUAUUUUGGGGUUCUAGGCCCAGGGUUUCUUAGUCAGGUUCCUACAUGA